AUGGGUUCCCAGCGACACCCACUUUGCCUGACUCCUACCACAAACUACUAUUUGCUGAAAGACUUCCUCUACCGUGAGCUCUGCCGGGAGUCGUGGUCCCCGCUGCUGAUGAAUCACGACUUCUUACACGGCCUCCAACUGCGCUACGCGGUCUUCUACACAGAGCUCUGCGUGGAAUGCAUCAGCGACUGGAAUCUGGCGCCCCAGGAGGUUCUGUUCUCCUCUGGGCGGAAGUGCUCCAACAUGCUCUUCGUGGCGAGCGGGGAAGUCUUUUACAGUACUUCUUCUUCAUCGACGCGUCGAACGGCAGAGCAGCCAAUACACGGGAAGGACUUCCACACAGUGAUGCCCAGUGACGAUCUCCAGUUGAUCGAUCAGACCUUGGGACCAGGAGAUUGGUUGUGCGAGCAAUGCCUCUGGACUCCCUGGCACUACCGUGGCAGAGCAGAAUCCCUUGCAGGAGCGACGAUGCUUUGCCUGAGCGAUGACAAGCUUCAGAAGGCCGCGUCCGUCCACAAGGAGGUCGCCACUGAGCUUGUCGUCUAUGCCCGACUGUUUGUGUCUGCGCUCAAUGCAGCACUUAGCGACGGAUUGUCGGAUUUGCCCAUCGUCCUUCCGUAA